CGAAACUGAAAAUCGCUGUUCUGCACAGCCAACCUGGCAGACACAGACUUGCGGCUGAAGAGGAAAAAGAUUUUGGUCAAGGAUGGGGCAGGGACUCAGCAGAAUCCCGGCCUCAGACCUGGACAAGUUCAUAGAGGAUCACCUCUGUCCUGACCCCGGCUUCCGUGCUAACGUCAGAGCGGCCAUCGACAUCGUGUGUGCUUUCCUGAAGGAGAGAUGCUUCCAAGGAGCUGCCCACCCUAUGAGGGUCUCCAAGGUGGUGAAGGGUGGCUCCUCGGGCAAAGGCACUGCGCUCAGGGGCAGAUCGGAUGCGGACCUGGUGGUGUUCUUGAACAAUCUCACCAGCUUUGAGGACCAGUUGAACCGACGGGGAGAGGUCAUCAAGGAAAUUAGGAAACAGCUGUACGAGUUGCAGCGUGAGAGACAUUUCACAGUGCGGUUUGAGGUCCAGAGUUCAUGGUGGCCCAACUCCCGGGCUCUGAGCUUCAAGCUGAGCUCCCCCCAGCUCCAGCAGGAGGUGGAGUUUGAUGUGCUGCCAGCCUAUGAUGUCCUGGGUCACGUCAGCAUCUACCGGAGGCCUGACCCCCAAAUCUACGCCAGACUCAUCAGGGAGUGCACUGCCCUGGGGAAGGAGGGCGAGUUCUCCACCUGCUUCACGGAGCUGCAGCGGAACUUCCUGAAGCAGCGUCCAACCAAGCUGAAGAGUCUCAUCCGCCUGGUCAAGCACUGGUACCAACUGUGUAAAGAGAGGCUGGGGAAGCCGCUGCCCCCACAGUAUGCCCUGGAGCUGCUCACAGUCUAUGCCUGGGAACGUGGUAGUCUGUCCACUGACUUCAACACAGCACGAGGCUUCCGGACAGUCUUAGGCCUGGUCAUCAAGUACAGGGAUCUUCGAAUCUACUGGACAGUGAAUUAUGAUUUCCAACACCAGGAGGUUGCCAACUACCUGCACAGACAGCUCAGAAGCGAGAGGCCUGUGAUCCUGGACCCAGCUGACCCAACAGGAAACAUUGCUGCUUCAAACCUGGAAGGCUGGAGGCGGCUGGCAGGCGAGGCCACUGCCUGGCUGCAGUACCCAUGCUUUAAGCACAGAGAUGGGUCCCCAGUGUGCCCCUGGGAUGUGCCGACGGAGGUGGAUGUUCCAGAGCAGGAGGACCACUUUCUUCGUAAUCUCUGUCUAAUUUUCUUCUUUUCGUUUCUUUUUCUUUUUGGAAGGGCUACUUCUGUGUAGCCCGGGCUGGCCUGGAUCUUGCCAUCCUCCUACCUUAGUGCUCGCAUGACUUCAGGGUAGGCCUGAUGAGCCCUGCCUUCCCUCUCUACUCAGGUGGACAAGGACUGGACAUACUUAGUCUUGUGGGCACAGCGGCCCCUUCCCGGAGGUCUGGAAUCAGGGGCAUGUCCUCCUCUGCUGCUGCCCUUGACCCAGAGAGGACAGAAUGCUGCCCAAGGCCACAGUGAGGGAAGGUCUAGACUGGCAUCCUCCUCAGCUAGGGGCAGAGACUAUUGUCUAAAGAGACAACCCUAUCUGAAUGAGCAGCUUAUAAAGGCAAAAACAUUUUUUGAAGAGUUUUUAAAAUUUAUUUAAUUUUCAUUUUAUGUGCAUUAGUGUAAAAGCAUCAGAUCCCUGGGAAUUGGCACUACAGACAGUUGUGAGCUGCUAUGUGGGUGCUGGAAAUUGAACCCGGGACCUUUGAAAGAGCAGCCACUGCUCCUAAUCACCAAGCGAUCUCUCCAGCCCCCAAAAUCUUUUUAACUUCAGUAUUUUCCAUUUGUAUCGCUGUGGUGACUGUCAGUAAGAAUGACAGUAUUGCGAUUUUAAUAAGAACAAGAUACAGUUGUCUCCCUGUAGUAUUUCUGUUUGAUCAGGGAGCAGAAAGCCUUGCAGUUACAGAAGGGGAACAAUAAAGUUAUCAAAAAACCCCAGUAUGUAUUGUAAUACCUGAGGGUUUUUACCUGUUUUAUCCUGAGGUCGGGUCAGGAUUUAGCAAAUAUGUUUCUAUUGUUUCAUUGACUUAUUCGUGUCUUCUGCAAUAAAUGUUAACUUACACCUAAGGCAAAAA